GCGUCUGUCCUCGGCAGGUGGCGCUGUGUGUAAUGAGCUUGUUUAUGUCGUUCCCGUUCCUGUCUCGCGUACUCUGCCGUUACACCAGUAUGGGUGCGUCGACUGUCAAGAUCGCAGGAGCAAUGCCGUUAUACGAACCGACAGCUCUCACAGAGAAGGCAACCUUCGCGAUGUCUUGAUUCUGGAACCCCGAUGCGCUUUUCGGCAGCGCUCGGGGUGUUGUCCGCACCAAGGUUGGCUAUACGGGAGGCACAACCACGAAUCCAAACUAUAUGUCGAUCGGAGACCACGCGGAAUCCGUGGAGAUUCACUAUGAUCCGAAGGUCACCGACUACCCCACCCUACUGUCCAUGUUCUGGAAGAAUCACGAGCCCACUGUACAACGGAAACCACAGUACAUGUCAGCAAUUUUCUAUCACGAUAAUGAGCAGAAGGAAUGGGCAGAGACAACCCGUGCAGAAGAAGAGAGUAUCCGGAACAAGAAAAUAUACACCAAAAUCGUGCCUGCUUCUACAUUUUACGACGCUGAAGGCUAUCACCAGAAAUACAUACUCCAACAGAAGAGCGCGCUCUGCAAGAGCCUGAAGGCAUCUGGUCUGAAGGACUUCAAAACGAGCCACGUUGCCACUCGCCUGAAUGGUUACGUUGCCGGCUAUGGAACCUUGGAGGAUUUCUUGGAUGAAAGCACGAAGCUGGGCCUCACUGCCGAACAAGUUGGCAUGGUCAAACCCUGUGUUCGCUAGUGAGAGUUGCACCACAAAACCUUUCCUCAUGCCACUGCCAGUAUGGGCCUAAGAAAUUAGCAUGACGAGCUAAGGGGCACAGCACGCUGACCGGUGUCAGACGAACCACUGCAAAGGAGCUCUGUUGUAUCGUCCACAUGAUGCCGGGAGGGGAAAGGCAACAUGUGUUGCACCCCGCCAGGCUGAAGGACUGCGAUGAACAGAGGAGUCUUAGCUCUAGUUCUUCUGUGCACCGUGUGCUUGCUCCGAAGAGAAUAAAUAUAAAGAAAUGUU